AUGGCGGACCUUUGCAAUUUCGACUAUUUUUGGAAGCAAAAAGUAGAUGCCACAGGAAAGCUGGGAUUGCUCCCGGAACAAAAAAUGACAGGUGCGUUACGAAUGCUUGCAUAUGGUGCAGGGGCUGAUCAAUGUGAUGAAGUCACCAGGAUGGGAGCAUCAACUGCUUUGAAAUGCCUCAAGAAAUUUUGUGCACAAGGGGAGUAUUUGUAUAGGGGUUGGUAUCUUCGAGCUCCUAAUGCCACAGAUCUGCAAAGGUUUCUACACAAAGGACAACAACGUGGUUUUCCCGGCAUAAUUGGGAGCAUUGAUUGCAUGCACUGGAAGUGGAAAAACUGUCCAAAUGGGUGGCCGGAGCUUUCUCAAGCUGUAAAGGGAGCUCAAAAUGACCUUAAUGUUCUCGGAGCAUCCAACGUGUUCGCAAGGGUUAUUAACAGAAGUGCUCCGGAGGUCGCAUAUAAGGUAAAUAAUAGUACAUACUCUGUACCAUACUACCUUGCUAAUGGAAUAUACCCAAGAUGGCAGACAUUUGUCAAAGCAAUAUCCAAACCCAAAGAUGCCAAUGAGGCACACUUUACCAAAAUGCAGGAGUCUUAUCGUAAGGACGUUGAGCGGUGUUUUGGUAUUCUUCAAGUUCGAUGGGCCAUACUCCGUCACGGUGCUAACUUGUUCAAACUAGAAGACCUUCGUACUAUCAUGAUAAGUUGCAUUAUUCUUCAUAACAUGAUUGUGGAAGAUGAGUUUGUCGAAGAAGAAUUUGAGGAGUCUUGUGAAUAG